AUGGCGGUCGCGAAUGCCUUUGGUAGGUAUAUUUGCCAGUUGAAAAGAUUAACGUUUAAUUUUUGUCCUGUCGGUGGAAGUAGCAGAGCAAUGAGAGAAUUUGUUGAUAAAAAGGUGAUAAAAUUCACAGAGAGUAAUCCAAAUAUCGCUGUAUAUAUCGUCGAAAGACCAGGGAGGCAUCCGCGUAUCGUUGCGAAUUAUUUAAGUGGCAGUAGUAAGGUGAUUUCACUCAAAAAUACUGAUACAAAAGAUAUAGAAAAAUGGAUAAAUAGGUUACAAAGUGAGUCUGGAAAGAAAUUAGAAAAAAAUACUCGACGUUGGUACACAGAUAAUCCUUCAAUACAAGGAACAUGGACACCAUUCCUAAACAACUCACCUUGUCACUUAGAUCUUGAAGAAAAAGCUAGAGAAAAACUAGGGAUAUAAAAGACACUGUUCACAUAU